AUUUUCUUAUCUUUCAGUCUCUAAAAACUGAACGUCACUAUUUUCAGUAUUUUCAGGAGAAAAAUGAUGAUAUUUGUGAUUAUACUAUAAAUUCUCAUAUUUAAGUUAAAAGAAGUGUUGUAAAUAUGAUGCAACAUCAAUAUUGGGUGACUAAAAAGACUGUUUUAAAAAGAUUAGGAACUAAAGAAGAUGAUUGUAUUGUUUCAUCCGACGCCGAGCUUGAUGCAAAAUUAGAAUUGUUUCGAUCAAUAUCCGAUAGUUGUUUGCAAUUACAACGAGUUUUAGAUCAGUACCAAGAACGCCUAUGUAUUUUAGCUCAAGAAGAGAACGCUUUAGGAAAAUUUUUACGUGAUGCUGGAAAAGUUGGCGAUGCUUCAGGGAAACACAUGGUAUCGGCUGGUAAAGCUAUUUCUUAUUCAGGCCAGCAGCGCCUAUCUAUAAGACCGCCAUUGUUAAGGCUUUAUCAUGAAGUGGAGACGUUUAGAGUUCGAGCUGUAAAAGAUAUGCGAGCAACAGUGUCUGCGAUGGAAAAAGCCCGCAUCGAGUACCGCGCUGCUCUAAGCUGGAUGAAAUCUACUAGCGCCCAAUUAGAUCCCGACACUGGACGUGGGCUUGAUAAUUACCGAAAAGCGCAACGACAGGUUCGCGAGAGUAAGAAGAGUUUUGAUAAAUUAACCUUAGAUGUUUUACAGAAGAUUGAUUUAUUAGCUGCUGCAAGAUGUAACAUGUUUUCUCAUGUUCUAUCAAACUACCAAAAUUCCUUUUUAAAUUUUUCAACAAAAGUAACUCAAACUUUGCAAGCUACUGUGGAUACUAUGAAUGAAACUCCACAAUACGAAUUUAGUAUUCUAAAAAGUUUAGGAGAAAUGGAAUCCAACCAAGAUGAAGAAGCUGCACCCGAUAAAGAUCAGAUGUUAUUUUUCCAGGCUGAUUACAAAGAUGAAAAGCAAGAAAAGCCUUCAACUGAUGCUAAAGAUGUUAAAAACUAUAAUGAAAAACAACUAUCCAAUGACAACAAUGAAGAACCAUCAACAUCAGCCAAUCUGAUUGAUACGGAAAACCAAGUAUCAACUAACAAUGAAGAUAUUAAUGAAGAUUUAGCAGGCCUGCAACUUGAUUGUGGGGACAUUCCAGCUAAUUUUGGAUCCUUUAUGCCUUCCCAACUAUUACAGAACAUAAAUACCAACCUUUUACAAGGAUCAUUGGCUCCAGUCCACAUCAAUAAUGUAAAACCAACUAACCAGCCAACAACGAGCCAACAUAAAGUUACAAAAACUGUACCAAAGAAGGAAGACAAGGCAGCUUGGUUUAAAUUAUUUGCUGAAUUGGAUCCACUUGCAAAUCCUGACAAUUUACCUGGGUCUAAUGCGAAUCAAAGUCAUGCAGCUUGAAUAUUAUAAAAAGAAUGAAUAUUUUAAAAGGAAGUGGUCCAUUGGUAAUAAUUUGAAAAAUUAUUUUUCUCAUGUGUUGCCUAUCAUUUAUAUAUAAAUCAUAUAGAUAAUAUUUAAUUAUGUGAAACAUACAACAUAAUCUUAACAUGAACAAUGUUUAGGUCGCAGUAAAGAUAUCUUAACUUUGUCACUUUCCAAUAAUCACAUGUUUACAGUUUUAUAAAAAUAAUAACAUUUGGAUAAAAUUACAGACAAAUUACAAAUUAA